AUGGGUGUACACACCGGAGAGAAAUUAGGGAUAUUUUCAUCGUUGCACGACGAUUUAGUUGGCCUAAUCAUUAACCAGGUCAAAGACAAACAAGAUAGAAAAUCGUUUUCCGAGGUCUGCAAGCAAUGGUUCAAACUUGAAGGUCUAGACCGAUCAUCACUUACCCUUAAUGUUACCAACCCUGGAUUUUCGCUUCAUGCACUAACUAGAUUCCCAAAUAUAGUCAGUAUGAGAGUACGUGAUUGCCAGACCCACACUGACCUUGAGUUCAUAGCCCAAACAUGUCCCAAAAUCGAGAGCGUCAGGGUUGAAUGCAGAGAUGAGAAGCCGGUAGGUGGUGUUUUGAGCCCGAAAGGUCUACGUGCUUUGGGAGAAGGGUGUCCCAAAUUGUGUAUUGUUGAUAUUGUAGGGCGAAAGGCAAUAGGGAAUUCUGGAGUUGUUGAGCUUCUACAUUCAACACAUAACUUGGAUGCCCUUGGUUUGCUGGACAAUGAGUUGAUAUCUGAUGAAGCCCUCAGAGGAAUUGGGUGCACAUCUUCCAUUAGCAUUCUAGAUUUGAUACAUUGUCAUAACAUUACCGACGAGGGAUUGGCUUUCUUGGCGAAUGGAUCUACCUCAAGGACCCUCAAGAAAUUGAUCAUCGACUGUUGCCCUGAAAUCACUGAUACUGGGGUUGAGCAUUUGCGCAAAAUGUGUAGCCUGGAGAGCCUGGAAUUGUGCUUGUUGGGAACAAGGAGUCCAAUCACUGAUAUUGGAGGUCUGGGAAUCUCUGCAAUUAGAACCCUCAAGGAAUUAAUAUUGAUUCAUCCGGACGUGUCUGACUCUACAAUGGUCGCUCUUGCGGAAAAUUGUAGCAAACUGGAAACACUUGAUAUAAAGGGUUGUGAAAAUGUAACUAUAGCUGGCAUUUGUGCAUUUUGCAAUCAUAAGUGCUUGAAGAUCCUUACACAUGGGAGGAUGUAA